AGGGCUCUUCCCGCGCCGAGGCGGAAGUUGUGCUGCGUUCUCUGCGUGCUUUCUGCUUUCUCGGGCUCUUUCCACGAUGGUGCGGAAGCUCAAGUUCCACGAGCAGAAGCUGCUGAAGCAGGUGGACUUCCUGAACUGGGAGGUCACCGACCACAACCUUCACGAGCUGCGCGUGCUGCGGCGGUACGGGCUCCAGCGGCGCGAGGAGUAUACGCGCUACAACCAGCUGAGCCGCGCCGUGCGCGAGCUGGCGCGGCGCCUGCGCGACCUCCCCGAACGCGACCCGUUCCGCGUGCGCGCCACGGCGGCGCUGUUGGACAAGCUCUACGCCCUAGGCCUGGUGCCCACGCGCGGCUCGCUCGAACUCUGCGACUCCGUCACAGCCUCGUCCUUCUGCCGCCGCCGCCUGCCCACUUUGCUCCUCAAGCUCCGCAUGGCUCAGCACCUCCAGGCUGCUGUGGCCUUUGUGGAACAGGGUCACGUCCGCGUCGGCCCUGACGUGGUCACCGAUCCCGCCUUUCUCGUCACUCGCAGCAUGGAGGACUUUGUCACUUGGGUGGACUCGUCCAAGAUUAAGCGGCACGUGCUGGAGUACAAUGAGGAACGCGAUGACUUUGAUCUGGAUGCCUAGCGAGGAUUCUCCGCGUGGCAACUACAGGUCACUGACCCGGGGAUGGGAGGAAUCGCCCUUUGUGUUCCGGGAAAUUUUCUUCGAAUUUGAACUGAUAAUUAAAUGACUGUCUUAGGAGUCAGUGAGGAGCAGUUUUGUAUUGCACUGGGGAUUGUUAGCUGCUAGUGCCUUAAACUUGGUAGUGCAGAAGCAGGACGUUACCCCUUUCCUCCUUUGCUUUAUCGUCUUGAAAUAGGACUGAACAGAUGGAGAAUUGGGGUUAAGUUUUUUUGUUGCUUUGUUUUUAUAUAUAAAGUGGUGCAACUUGAAUGUUAAGUGUUCACUCUCUCAUUUAAAGAAAUCUUUAACUUAUGCCAAUAAAUGCCCCUACCACCUUG